AUGAAAUUGAGAACAAAGCGGAACACCGGGUGCAAAGUGAGCGAUAAGAAGCGGCAUUGGGACCGCGGCGCUGGAGUAUCGCGCGAGCGCGGCGGGGACGGGUUGCGGGGCGAGAGGCGCGAGGUCAACGCUCCACACAUGGCGCGCCGAGUGCCAUCCGCGGGCGGCGAGUGUCGGGCGGCAGCGCGGCGUCGCGCCGGGCGGACCGCCAUCGCCGGUGCUAAUGAAAAUUUAAAGUAA